AUGAAACACCACAAGAUCAAAGAGGCCAAUCACACUAAAAGUGAUACCGAGGAACAAGAAGCCAAGAUGGAAGUGGAUGAGGAACUCAAUCUGCUCGAGGUGGUGGCGGACAGAAUCGCCCAUCGUAAGUGUGCGGUCAAACACUCUGUAUCAUAUGAUGAUGAUGAUGAUCGUCUGGAAGCGGCCAUUCCAGCAAGUCAUGAAGAAUUGGUAGGAAAGGGAAAACAAGAAAAUAUUACCAUGCAGGCGGGGGCAUCAUCAUCCAUCACAGCAACCGUGUCACUGGCACCGGCAGGGAUUCACCCCACUACUCGAAGCUUCCCGACUCGCGAUAAGCACAACUCUCUCCCUCAGGUGACAGACCAGCCAUCUACACAGCAGGACUCGGCAAAGAUUCCAGGUGCCUAUGACGAUUCCACCACCAGAGGGUUUGACCGAGCGGUUCUUGGUCUUUCCGAUCCACCCGGUGCGUAUGCCGAAGCACCCGGGACAGAGCCAACAAGACGACGCCAGAGCCCUAUGGCACUGCAUGCUCCCACCUCAGAGGUGGCUGCUUCCAUAAUGGAAGACGUAUCAGAUGACGAGACAGCAGUUUCGCGCCCUAGACUUGCAGUGAUGGACGAGUCGAGGGAAAACCACGGGUCUGCCCAUGAGGGGGCUGCCAAUCAGCCAGGGCGACCAAUGCCAUCAUCAGAUACUACAUUGCCUCAGGCAAGUUUGGUUGGAACCAAUGGCUUGCCCUCUACCGGUAACUUUCCUAGAGCCCAAAGAUAUAACGAAUCUGACGGAGACAAAGCAAGAGACACCACAAGGCAGCAGCAAUUCCGAAUCAAGCUUCUUCUUGAGUUUAUUAUGGCCUUGGUGAUUUCCAUUUCCAUUGCCUUGGUUGUUCUUGCCGCUUGGGAUCAUUCUACCAGUUCUGAUGUGGGCGCUCUAGAAACGGCAGUACCAACCAGUCCUUCUCAAGCCCCGCUAUCAAAGAAUGAUUCUCUGGUGACCAUAUUGCCAGAGACAACGGCAUCAUCUAUAGAACACGACCCGCAGUCACCCCAGUCGAAAGCCUUUCAAUGGCUUCUGCAAGACGUCCACAAGUUGCCAUCCCUGUCUCUUGACAGAAUCCGACAAAGGUUUGCCCUGGCAACACUAUUCUAUGCCUUGCAUGGCAACACCUGGGAUAACAACACCAACUGGCUUGAUCACAGCGUCCAUGAAUGUGACUGGUUCAAUCAACCUGAUUUUGCUCGCAAUACCACCGUGUCCCAGAUUUACCAUGGAUACCAAGCUGGAUUGCAUGGAUCCAUACCAGAGGAAAUCUGGACUCUGACAGCUCUGGAUACUCUCAUGCUGCAUCGAAAUCAACAGCUUGGAGGGACUAUCAGCACAGGGAUUGGUUCCUUGUCCAAGUUAAGAUGGCUUGUCUUGGAUGAAUGCAGUCUUACUGGUUCAUUGCCAACAGAGCUUGGCAAAGCAAUCUCCCUAAAACAUUUCAUUGCUGGUGGAAACCAACUAUCUUCAACAAUAUCCGCUGAGUUGUUCCGCCUCUCUGAGCUUGAGAUUCUUUCUCUGGAUGAGAACUCUCUUGAAGGCACCCUCCCCACAGAGAUUGGCUUCCUGACAUCCACCACAUUUGUAACUCUGAGUGGCAAUGAACUUGGUGGUCCUUUGCCCAGUGAACUUGGACUUCUUGCCAACAAAAUCGUGUCUCUGGAUAUGAAACACAACCAGCUACUUUCUGGAACCAUCCCAACAGAGCUAGGGCUUUUGACAAACCUGGUAGAGCUGGAUCUCUUGCACAAUCAACUCUUGGGGCCUGUUCCAAGUGAACUGGCCAAUCUAUCAUCAUUGGGUCUAUUGACAAUGGCAAACAAUUCACUUUCUGGAAGCAUUCCACGGGAGUUCAUUGCUCUGCAGGAUUCCCUUUACACUUUAAAGCUGGAAGGCAAUCCACUCUUGUCAGGCACAAUCCCAGAGGAUUUGUGCAAUAUCACUGGAACUUGGAUCAGCAGCCGUUGGAAGAGAGGAGGAGGACCAGAAGGCCUGUCAUUCGAUUGUACUGGCAAUCUGUGUGGCUGUGGUUCUUGCCCUUGUUGA